AAAUACUGAGCUCAAGCCGGGGAAUGAACCCACGACCUCCAGAGUGGUAGUCAGACACUUUAAUCGCAUCGCUAAAGAGCUAGCCCAACAGCAAGGCUGCUGUUGGAAGUGACCUUAUUUCACUACAACACAUUUAACAACCAAUACACAUACUGGUUAUCAGGUAGUUGCCAUAAUCUAACUAAAACUUCUAAGCUAAUGACCCUCCUGGUCGUUGGGAGCUGUACGUAUGAACUUACAAAAGCUCAAAGCAUUCAAGAAGAACUAGCAAAUAAUGUCUGCUCGAGGAGUACAGAGGUUUGUACCAGUGUUGGGUAUGCCAACAUCAGUGUUGCAGAUUGGUACAGUAACCAAAGAAACCAAGCAUGCGUUCCUAGUGAUACCAGGAAAUCCAGGUGUCAUAGAGUUCUACAAAUCUUUCAUGGAAAAACUGUAUGAUAAUUACCAAGGAACAAUACCUGUGUGGGGGAUGUCACAUGCGGGUCAUGUUAAACCACCAGGCGGGAACCAGGCCCUGUAUAACAAGCUGAGUUAUGAAUUGUGCACGUUAUCUGGACAGAUACGACACAAAGUUGCCUUCAUAGAAGAAAACAUCCCCAAAUCUGUGAAACUCGUUCUAAUUGGUCACUCCAUCGGCUGUUACAUCAUUCUCAAGAUUCUCGACCAAUUAGGGCACAGCGUACAACGAUGCUUCCUGUUGUUCCCAACUAUUGAAAGAAUGGCGAGUUCACCGAACGGAAAAGUUUACACGCCCGCGUUGAAAUACCUCAGAUGGCUAGCUCCGUGGAUGGUAUCGGCCAUUUCUCUUUUGCCUGAGCGGACAAAGGCAUGGUUGAUUAACCACCAUUUUUCUGGCGAAGACGUCCCACCCUGUGCCAUUUCAGCCACACUGAGUUUCAUUCAGCCGUUCAGCGUCAGCAACUCUCUGUUUAUGGCAAACGAAGAAAUGCAAGCUGUCGAUCAACUUGAUACCGGGCUCGUAGGAAAGUUCUUGAAUUUGCUGAGUUUUUACUUUGGUUCCACUGAUCGCUGGUGCCCCAUCCAGUACGCGAGUGAGCUCCAAGCUUUGUUUCCCACAGGUGAUAUUCGAAUGUGUGAACGAGGCUACAGUCAUGCUUAUGUGAUUGACGCUAGCCCACAAAUGGCUGACAUCGUAUCUGAAUGGGUGAAGCCCUAUUUAACAAACUUAUGUUCCUAGUACAUGUUGUAUUUGUGAUUGCGUUUUACAAUCCUUAUUUAUCUUUUGUGUUAUUUAUAAUUGUGAUAUUUAUUAAGCUGAACUUAUCUUUAUUUUACAUUUACACAAACGUAUCUUUUCACAACAAUUACCAUUAGAAUUCUAUGUAUAAAUGUAAACAUUGGAUCUAAAAAGCUUCAGUAAAAAACAAUAAUAAAAUUAAAGAAAAAAAAAUGAAACCUCAACUGGAUUCAAAUCACUGACCCCUGGAGUAAAAGUCUAUCGCCUAGACCACUCGGCUAUCGGCGCUUAUACAAUGUGCGAUGAAUUUAUACUAUAUAUAAAGGAAAUUUUUGUAGUAUCACAAAAUUUAAGGACAACAAAACUCACCAAAUUAUUCAAUCAAUUCGCGUUGCAACGCUUUAGAAUUUUGAGGUUUUUAAAUCGUCAAAACAUGCAUAAAAUGGAUAUUUUAGAGCAUGGUAAAUGUUCAGUAUAACUGUUUCCUCACAAAUAUCAUCAACUUGUAACUUUCAAUUUUGUCAAUUUACCGAAACGUGAAAAGGCCCUUUUAAAUACUACACCUUAUGGUUUUGGAGCUAUUUUUGUGGUUAAUUAUUGAUAGGGCAUGUGGGCAGCUUAUAUGGUUUAAUAUGUCCUUAAACAUGUUUAUUUUUAAUAAUACAUAUCAUUUAUUAUGUAAUCACUUAAUUGCCUAAUCACAUACAUGUAGGUAAUA